ACACACUUUAAAAAAAAAAAAAUCCUUUAACUAUUAUGAUUAUCAAUAGAUUACACAUCAGCAAUUAUUUUCUAUUAUUUCAAUUCCUCUUAAGGUCUACAAAACAUAAGGGUUAAUAAUUCAUUAUAAUUAUGGCCGCCUAUAUAAAUCAAAGAUCAAUCUGCACAGCUUUCAUCUGGACCACGUCCAAAACGUUCAUUUCUACCUUCGACCAACUCGUAAAUAACCCACAGGAUCUCACCGCUGAUUCGCUUGGCUCGAAAACCAGCCGUCAUCCAAGUCGUGGUAUUUAUUCCUGAGUUUUUAGAGUUAUUAGCUCGUUUAAAUGGUCACUUGAACUCGGUGAGCUUUGAAUCUAAACGUCAAUAACUAAAACAAAAGUCUAGAAAUAAUAUCAACAUGGAAAAAAAAAAAAAAAAGCUAUAUGCAUCGAAGAAAUAACCCAAAUACUAUUAUUGUACACGUUUAAAUAACGAGCCUAAUAUCUGAAUAGAUGGAUUACGUAUAUUUUGGAGGAAAGCCGUGGAAUAUAUUUAAUAGUUAACGUAUCUGAUGAGGUAGACACCAUGGGGAAGAGACUGAAAUAUUCUCACUGUCCAUUUAUUCAAGGGUUCAUUCGGGAGUUUAGAUGUAGUACUGAUCGUCUUUCAAAAAUGUCGGGACAGCGCCGUAUAAUUGACCUUUUAUGUCUAUUGUAUAUAAUAAAAAGAUAACACACAAGGAAAUGUUUACUGUAAGACGGGUGUAGUUUACCUAACGUGUCAAACGAGUGACCCGAUUAUAAUUAUAAUUGGUUUAUAAUUGGAUUAUAAUCCUUAUAAUUAUAUCCAAAAUGAUUUAUUUAUUUAAAAAAAAAAAAAAAAAGAUUUCUUGCAGCGUGAAACUUGAUUACAUCAUCGUGAUAAUACGCAUUAAAUCACAGGUUUAUAUUAAUGUGCUCGUUCUUCUGCACCCGUGGUUGCUAUAGUAACAGGUCGUCCAUAGAGACUUGUACGGUUAGGGUUUAUUGUUGUCUAAUAAUAAACAUACGUACGUAGGUUAAAAAAAUGAUAAAAAUUCGCAAAGAAACCCGCGUGGAACUGUCGGUAUGGUGAGGUUUUCUGUAAGCAUUGAAGAUGUCUAUGGAACGUUUAAGGAAGGAGUCUCCAGUGUCAGAGCUUCGUACGUGAGCUCUAUGGUGUAUAUACGACAGCAGCUUGUGAGCGAUCUACUGUAUAUUACAGUACAUUUAGGUAGAGUUGGAUAAACCUCUCUACGAUGGAAGGUAAUCAGAAGAUCCACAACAGGAAGACUUGAAAGUUGGCAAUGCUUUAGGAGAAACGGAUUAGGGAGUGGUUGUGUACGACGUCUCAGAAUAAUACCAGUUCGGGAAGUGGUGAUAGAUGUGGUUUCAGGUGUAAUCAGGUUUAUCAUUAUGCCAAGCGAAAGACGAGAAGAAGAAGAAGAAGAAGAAGGUGGAUUAUGGUGAAAGGAGGAUGAAGCUGAAAAACCCUUGAGUGACUUUCCGUCCCGGAUCCAUGCUGGCUCGUACAAACAUGUCGACUCCGGAAGCCGCUCGACCUCCCCCAAAACCCGAGCUUAAACAGAAACCCCGAAUCCCCUCGAAACCUGACGCAAACACCUCAGCCGGCACGAACAGGGACAUGUUAAAUAAAAACAAUGGGAAAGUCCAUGAGAUAGUCAGCAAGUUUAACCACCAUGAUGCUCAGCCUCCUGCUGCAGGUCCUGCUGAUGAAACCGGAGGUAAAAAGAAACCGAAACGAGCACCGACGGUCAAACCCAAGCCUAAAGCAAGGAGUGUUCCUCAGGUCAGGGCUGAGCAAGCGCCGCCGCUGCCCUUGAAACAACGCCAGUCGCAGAGGAAGGAUGCGGAGCAGAACUCGUGCGCUGUCUCACGUGACGUCACGGAUGGCCGGCAAUCAGAAAUUGCAAUAGAUGUGAGAUCCUUCUGUGGAAAAACUUCUGCUUUGCCCUACUUCCUGUCCUACGAAGCUCCUGAUGGUAAAGAGUUCGAGCAGCAGAGCGCAAGGUCCAGCUCAGAUCUUGAACCUCGAUGUGAGAAGAGCUGCACUUGCGUGUGUCACCUGCAGCGUCCCGGCAUGAAACUGGCGUGGGUGCGGAUAUCCGAGAAGGAGCAAGAGGAAGAGGAGGUCAAGCAGACCGACGAAGAUGUAGUCAAUGAAGAAGAAAGCGAGAGCGACGACGACGACGACGACGACGACGAAGAAGAAGAAUUAGACAUGUUUCAGAGCGCAUCUUCAGAAUCCGAUCACAGCCUGAACGAAUCCCAGGACGCGAAUAAAACCAGGUUCAAGGCCACUCUGAGUAUCAUCGAGCGACAGCUGAGGAGGAAAUCCGACCCCGGUCCCAAGGCUGUGCUUCAAUCCAUCAACUCUUUGCCCCAGCAUCCACAACUCCUCACCAAGACCCACUCCGCGUCGGAGCAGGAGAAUAUCUACGAAGCCACGAUCGAUUUGAUCGUUCCUCCCAGAGAGACAAUCAAGAACACUUCUACCACGCCUGAAAUCCAUAUCCAAGACAAAUCUCCUCCUGCCAUUCCACCCCGGAUGCCUCUGGAUAAAACCAAAGGCAGAUGUGUUCCCAGAAGGGUUCCACUAUCUUCGGGAGCAUUCCAAAUCCCAAAGCUGCCUUCUGUUGAUCUGGGUUCCAGUGAACGCCUGCAGCCAAUCAGAGCACCGCCACCUCCUCCGACCAGAUGCCUGAGCAACCUCUCUCUGACAUGUAAAGGCGAAGACGAUCAAAGCUGUAGUGGAGACGCUGAAAACAAGGAGCAAAGACGAUCUACCGGCCUCGCUCGACAGAAGUCGGUCGAUAUGGAGGCUCAUAUGCCGGAAGACCUUCUGUACCAGAUUUAUACCGAAACCUUCAUAUCGAGGGAGAUCCGUCGGCAGACGGUGUGUCGCAGCAUCAGUAAGACGAGCGCCGAUUAUCCGAUGGAUCACGGACCCCCGCGGCUCAGCACCGGCUCGGGUGCGGGCUCCGAAGGUCUGCGAAGCAGUCCGAUUUCCACCCAGAGGACGCUGUGGCAGGACCAGCCUAUGGUCCUGGAGAGCGGUAUCCUGAACACCAUCACACCAGAGGAGUGCAAGUACCAGGAGAGCAUGUUCGAGGUUUUGACAUCAGAAGUGUCGUACUUGCGUUCCCUGCGCGUCCUGACCGACCAUUUUAUGGAGUCGCGAGAACUCAGCGAGAAUCUUAUUAACCGAGACAAAAAGACACUCUUCUCCAACAUCCUGCGCAUCCGAGAAGUCAGCGAGAAGUUCCUUAAGGACCUGGAGAACCGGCUGGAUGAAAGUCUACUCCUCACCGACAUCUGUGAUAUCAUUAAUUACCACGCACAGCACAACUUCCCCGCGUACAUCGACUACAUUCGGAACCAGAUUUACCAGGAGAAGACCUUCAGCUCGCUUAUGCAGAGUAACGUGGGCUUUGCGACGGUCAUUGCUCAACUGCAGGAGGCCCCCAUAUGCCAGCGGCUGCCCUUUACGUCCUUCCUGCUCCUGCCCUUCCAGCGUAUCACACGCAUCAAGAUUCUUACUGAGAACAUCCUGAAGAGAACCGCAGUGGGCACCAAACAGGAAGAGAUGGCUUCGAAAGCUCUGGCUGCUGUGUCCAAGAUUAUAGAUGAAUGUAAUACCCAGGUUGGGAAGAUGAAACAGAUGGAGGAGCUCAUAGAGAUCAACAAGACGCUGGAGUUUGACAAGCUGAAGGCCGUGCCGAUCAUCUCGCAGACCCGUUUCCUGGAGAAGCGAGGAGAGCUGCACGAGUUGGCCAAAGGUGCAACCCUGUUUAAUAUUAAACCCAAGUUCACGCCCGUCUACCUCUUCCUCUUCAACGACCUGCUCGUCGUAGCCACCAAGAAAGGCUCGGAGCGCUACGUGGUGAUUGACCACGCCCACCGCUCUCUGGUGCAGGUUCACGCCAUGGGAGAGCAGGCCAUGAGUGUGAAUCUUGAGAACUGCUUCUGCCUCACGCUGCUGGAGAACCAUCAGGGACGCAUGAUGGAGAGGCUCUUUAAAGCGCCGUCCGAGUCUGAUAUGCACAGAUGGCUGGCAGCGUUCCCCAACCCUGAGGAUCCAAACCGAGAGCAGGAGGAGGUCAUAUAUGAAGACUGGGACUGUCCACAGGUGCAGUGUGUAGAGCAGUACGUAGCGACGCAGGCUGAUGAGUUAAAUCUGGACCCCCCGGAAAUCAUCAACGUCAUCCGCAAAACCAACGAAGGAUGGUACGAGGGGAUUCGUCUGUCCGACGGUCAGAAAGGCUGGUUCCCCGUGAAGAACGUUCUGGAAAUCACCAGCGAGCACAUGCGACGGAGAAACCUGCGAGAACGUUACCGCGUCAUCCAGGCGGCCGGCGCCAUGACCGAGAAGACGCGGUCCGGCUCGUGAUCGCACGACACACACGCUGACGUCUUGUCUUUUUUUACUUAACGUGACGAGAAGAAGAGAUGUGAGCCUCGGUCACAUGAUCAGUUAUGAUUCGUUUUACGCAACCUGCUGCAGUACAGAGAUCAUCACACUGCCGACUACACUUCCUGUCUUAUUAAAACGUGUCCCUUUUACACGGUGUGCGUGCGUGCGUGUGUAUGGGCGUGUGUGUAUGUAUGUAUGUAUGUAUGUAUGUGUGUGUAUGUACUUAUACAUGUGUCAGUUUAAAUGCCAGUAAUUCCAGUCAGUAAGUUCUUACACAGGAACAGAGUAUGAGGAAAGCCGGGUUUCAGGUGAAUUCCUUUCAGACCUGCUUAGUGACUCGUUCACGUCUGCCUCGUUUCCCAUAAUGCCCUGCUGAGUGAAACUGGAUCUGAAAACACUCAAAAAGAUGUUUGCGGUUAAAGUUUCACUGUCACAAUGUCAAAUCCUCAUUGAUUUUGACCUGCAUCAAUUAAAAUCGAAAUUUAAAGCACAAAAACAAACAAAAAAAUCCACUCUGUUUAUGUUGUGUGUUCAUGUGUGAAGUGUAACAUGCAUUACUCUUUUUACUUUACUGUCUUAUGAGUUUGGAGCGGUUGUCUCUGUGAGAUACAAACCAGAAAUCAGGUGGAUGGUGUGUGGUGUUUUCUGCUUUAUGUACAAUUUUAAGGGAAAGAACAUGAAAAGAUGUUAAUUCGGUUCAAUUCAGUUUUAUUUGUAUAGCGCUUUUAACAAAAGGCAUAUGGACACCAAGCAGCUUUACAGAAAUGUAUACAUUCAGGCCAUAGAUUUUAAGUGUGUGUAUUUAUCCCUAACGGGCGAGCCGGAAGCGACGGUGGUGAGGAAAAUCUCCCUGAGACGAUAUGAGGAAGAAACCUUGAGAGGGACCAGACUCCGAAGGGAACCCGUCCUCACCUGGGUGAUACCGGAUACUGCGAUUAUAGAUAAAUAAAUAAAUCCCUUCGGUAAAUGUACUAAUACUACAUGGUCAAAUUGUGUAACCAGGACUGUAAUUCAUUACAGUUUUUACAUGAAGGCUGUUUUGUUGAACUUCUCCGCGAUUCACUGAUGGAGAAUUGAGUGCAAAACUGUUCAGUCCAAAGGCAUAUUCAUGAUUUCUGAGUGGUACCAUCUUCAGUUUUCAGCCUGGACUUAAACCCCGAGACUGUGUCUCAGUCCCGAAUACUAACUGUAAGGCCGUACCGUAACUGUGGGGCUCUAUAAGAGAAAGCUCUUCCUCCUGCUGUAGCCUUCACUAUUCAAGGUACCAACAAACAGCCUGCACCUUUUGAUCGAAGUAGGCGUGGCGGAUCAUAAAACACCAAAUGUUCUCUCAGAUACUGUGGCGCAAGACCAUUCAGUGCUUUAUUCGUCAGUAGUAGUAUUUUAUAAUAAAUGUGAAAAUUCACUGGGA